CCGUUUAACUUACGGAAGUAAAAUCUCGCACUAUCCUGAGUCAUGUUGAUGACUUUUUGUCUUUAAAAUAGUAAAGGAUUCAGAUCAGAUAGCCUAGUGGUGCAAUUGAUGACAAUGGCGGGGUCAGUAUCAAAUGUGGAAGUCUGCAAUCUGGCCUAUAUAGGUCAGUUUGACCAACUGAAGAAAUUAAUUUUAACUGAUAAGUCACUCGCAUCUAAAACGGACCAAGAUCACAGAACAGCUCUACACUGGGCAUGUUCUGCUGGACACACCAAUAUUGUGGAAUUCCUGUUGGAUCUAGGAGCUGAAGUGGACCUGCAAGAUGAUGCCUCUUGGACUCCCCUCCACAUAGCAGCAUCUGCAGGCAGAGAAGACAUAGUCAAGUCUCUAAUAUCCAAAGGAGCCCAGUUGAACUCGGUAAACCAGAAUGGCUGCACUCCUCUGCAUUAUGCAGCCUCUAAAGACAGAUAUGAGAUAGCCCUUGUGUUGUUGGAAAACGGGGCUGACCCCAAUGCCACAAACAAGCUGGAGUCCACUCCCCUCCACAGAGCUUCAGCCCAGGGCAACUACCGCCUGAUCCAGCUGCUCCUACAGCAGAGUGCCUCCACCAACAUCCAGGACUCAGAGGGCAACACAGCACUCCACCUGGCAUGUGAUGAAGAGCGUGUGGAGGCAGCCAAGCUGCUGGUGGAGCACGGAGCCAGCAUCUACAUCGAGAACAAGGAGGAGAAGACUCCUCUGCAGGUGGCCAAGGGAGGCCUGGGCAAGCUGCUGCGCAGGAUCGUCGAGGGAUGACCUACAGGAGAGCUUCACAGAUCUAGGACUAUUAGAUCAGUUCAAAUGAAGGCCAGAAGAUGAGGGUUAGCCGCUGCGGGCUGAGUUGGACUCUUCGCUUGAAAGAGUAUUCCUGACAGGAGGAAUCUGAGGUUUAAACCUGACCUUGGUGAUGAGAAAUCUAUUUUGUAUGAAGUUGGAAACUAUUCAAGUUUAGUCUCUAAAAAGCAUGUUUUUAAAUAUCUACUGCUUCAGGAUGUUAUUAAUGGCUUGAUUAAAUUAAUCACCAUAUAUGUACAUGUUGUGUGUUGUUGAAACAAUAGACUUCUCUUGAAAACAGUUUACCUGUCAUUGUUUUUUCAUUCCAAGUUGUGUGUUCUGAUCCUUAAAAAAUAAAAAUAUUUUAUAAUUUUGCCCAAUAAACAGGCCUGUGCUUCUAAAGUA